CAGGUUUAUGUGUACCGGAAAUGCCAUACUACUCGUGCCCAAUGGACUCUGUCGCCUCAUUUCCUGUAGUUGGUCUUAUAUUAAUCGAUCAAUAGCCCCGGUUGCACGUGACGGGACAGCUGGCGGGGGUCUCCAUAGGGUACCAUUUAUAGAUCCUGGGAAAGUCGGUAUAGCAGCAUGCAACUUGCCUGAACACUUCUUUCAUUCCAUCUGAAUCUCUUCCUGCAGUAGACAUCCUUGUCAGUACUUGAACAUUGCAGCUUCCAUCCAACGUUGUUCCGUCAUGACCGUGGACAAGAUCGAUGUAACCGGCGACCCGAGGGUCGAGCGCCGCUCGGCAAACGUCAAUGGCAAGACAUACGGCUACCUCUACAGCGAGCCCGAAUCGGGGGUUUAUCGGGCAACAAUCUUCCUCCUCCAUGGCUUCCCCGACCUAUCCAUGGGAUGGCGCUACCAAAUCCCCAUGUUAAUUUCCAUGGGUCUGCGAGUCGUCGCGCCAGAUUGUCUAGGAUACGGCCGAACAGACGCACCCGAAGAAAUAGAACUAUAUUCGCACAAAAGCUGCGCCAACGACAUCAAAGAACUUGCAAUCCAACUAGACGCACCCGAGAUCAUCCUCGGCGGACAUGACUGGGGCGCCGCCCUCGCCUACCGCGUCGCGCUCUGGCACCCAGAGCUCGUAACGCACAUCUUCACAGUCUGCGUGCCGUACGCAGCGCCAGCCCGGAAAUAUCUCGCGCUAGAAGACAUGGUAGAGAAUAUUGCGCCGCAUUUCGCGUACCAGCUGCAAUUCCGGAGCGGGAAUCUGGAAGAUGUCAUCUUCAGCAAGGAAGAUAUCGAAAAGUUCUUGUCGGCGCUGUAUGGCGGUCGCACGGAUGAUAGGGACGUGGCGUUUGAUGCCGAGUAUGGGGUUUUGUUGGAUCGUAUGGAGCUUGUUAGGCCGUCGCCUUUGUUGAGUGAGGUGGUGAGUUUAUUUCUACUUGCUUCUUAUGAAAGAAUGGAGUGGGAUGUAGAGGCUAAUGUGGAUGACAUCCAGGAACUGGAAUACUACGCGAAUGAAUUCUCGAGGAAUGGGCUGAGAGGGCCGUUAAACUGGUACCGCACACGAGAGAUAAACUACGAAGAAGAGCUCGCCAUCCUGAACGCACGCAUCACGGCCCCAUUACUAUUCAUCCAAGCGCUGAAGGACUCCGCACUGCCGCCGCAUCUAGGAAAAGGAAUGACGAGGACGGUGCCGCAUUUGACGUACAAGCAGGUGAACACGGGGCAUUGGGCGCUGUGGCAGGAGCCGGAGGAGGUGAAUGAGAUUAUUGCAUGGUGGUUGAAGGAGGUGGUGUUUAAGAGUUUGAGAAUGUCGAGGUUGUGAGGUUUGAUUCUGAUGGGGGUGGUACUAUGUAUGGGUAGUGCUCAGGUGUACUUUUCUGUACGCAUAUGUUGCUUGAUUGUUGUAUUCUUGGGUUUUCUUUGGGAUUAUCCGCUGGGCGGGAUUAUUUUUUGAGGAUCAUGUUUGGGAUUUGCAGGUUAUUGAAAAUGGGUUACCAGUACUAGGAUAAAGUCAUUUAUAUAAGAUAACAUGGCGGUUGG